CUGCGUGUGAGGUCGUAGCACAUGCUCAGUUGUGUCUGUGGUAGAAACGGGAGCUCUAGGUGGGGAUACGCUGUGAGGUCACAGCACCAGCUCAGUGGAAACCCCUCUCUGAGGCUGGAGCAAGCGCUUAGCGCCGUCCUCCAUUUUGAGCACCUGACAAUAGGUGGGAAGGAGAGAGAGAGAGAGAAAGAGUGAGUCGAUUCACAACGACCACUUCAGUUUUAGACAAACUGUCAACAAACGAACCUUAGAGAUUGGUGUCAGAAAUGGACGACAUGUUUGCUACUCGGAGGCGACUAAACAGCACACAGGGGGAGAUCAGAGUGGGACCCAGUCAUCAAGCCAAGCUUCCUGAGCUGCAGCCCUUCCCCUCAGACGCCCCGGGGAUCCUGGCUCAGGCUGUAACAGAGAAUGAGGAGCUAGUGUGGAUGCCAGGGGUCAACGACUGUGACCUGCUCAUGUACCUCAGGGCUGCAAGGAGCAUGGCUGCCUUCGCUGGGAUGUGUGACGGAGGUUCUACAGAAGACGGUUGCUUAGCAGCCUCGCGGGACGACACCACGCUCAACGCACUCAACACG